GCAGAUGUCAGCAAUUUAAAGAAUUUCCUUUCAGCUGUGAGACUGGCUCACCAAGGUGCUGACAUUGGCGCGCUCCCCCUCUCACCUCUGGUACCAGCGAAGACCUCGGAAGUUGAAAAACCCAAAACAAAGAUGAUCAUAACAUCAAGAAGGGACUAUCCUCUCACCAAAGGCUUUCCUUACUCCCUAGAACAUCUCCAAGCCUCGUACUGCAAACUUGCUCGCAUUGACACGCGGGUGCUUUGCCUGAAGAAGCUCAGAAAACUAGACCUAAGUCAUAAUCAUAUUAAGCAACUGCCGGCGACUAUUGGUGACCUGAUCUGUCUUCAGGAGCUCAAUUUGCACAACAACCACCUGGAGUCCUUCAGUGUCGCCCUGUGCAAUUCCACCCUUCAGAAGUCUCUUCAGUUCUUGGACCUCAGCCAAAACAAAAUCAAGGCUCUUCCAAUUCAGUUUUGCCAGCUACGAGAACUUGUUAAUUUGAAGCUCGAUGACAAUGAGUUGAUUAGGCUGCCGUUCAAGAUGGGCCAGCUAAGUCAUCUACGCUUCCUGUCUGCAGCACGGAACAAGCUUCCCUUUUUGCCCAGUGAUUUUAGGAAACUCUCUCUUGAGAACUUGGAUCUGUUUGGAAAUCCCUUUGAACAGUCUAAUCCACUCGUUCCCAACAUACAACUGAAAAUACCAUUGACUUUAUUAGAAUGUGCUGCAAGGGCAACUGUAAAUUACAGAAUCCCGUACGGCUGCCACCUCCUUCCCGCUCACCUGUGUGAAGACCUGCAGGUGGCCAAAACGUGCCAGUGUGGCAGUGCCUGCCUGAGCAGCUUCAUCCAGAUCACCGUGACCAUGAACCUGCACCACGUGGCGCACACCGUGGUCCUCGUGGACAACAUGGGGGGUACGGAAGCCCCCGUCAUCUGCUACUUCUGCUCGCUCCACUGCUACUCCCAGUUCCUGGACAGGUACCUGCAGAGCAACGGGUGA